CUGCCUCCUGCACACCUCCUACUGGGGAUCGGUGCUGAGUGACUUUAAAACAGCGGAGCUACCUGCAGUGCCCGGUUUGUCCCCCAGGCUCCCUGCCAGAGGCCUCGCGCUCCAGCCCAGCACUGGCAGCUGUCGACAGAGAAUGUGGAGAUCGGCUGCUGCUCGGGUGUCGCUGUCCGCAGAGCUCUCUUCUAGAAAAACAAACCCGAAUGAAAUGAUGUGAUAUCUGAGGUUGAGAGGAAGCAGAGCAAAGCUGGCCGUGAACGAAUGGGAGUGCAUGUGCGCUAGCUCCACCCGGGUUGACGUUCCCAGUGAGACCAGGCCAGAAUGGGGGACUCCAGGGACCUUUGCCCUCACCUUGACUCCAUAGGGGAGGUGACCAAAGACGACCUGCUGCUCAAAUCUAAGGGAGCCUGUCAGUCGUGCGGUGUUUCUGGGCCGAACCUGUGGGCCUGUCUCCAGGUGGCCUGCCCCUACGUUGGCUGCGGAGAAUCCUUCGCCGACCACAGCACCAUCCAUGCGCAGGCACAAAAGCACAACCUGACCGUGAACCUGACCACCUUCCGGGUGUGGUGUUACGCCUGCGAGAAGGAGGUGUUCCCGGAGCAGCGGCUGGCGGCUCCCCUGCCGGCCGCCUCACCCCGACUCUUUGAGCAGCCCCGUGUCCUCCUCUGGCGGCCCCGGCAGGCGGCUCAUCUCCGUGUGAAUGUGAGGGUUCCUGGCGGGGCAGGUGCUCACCUCCCUCCCCACACGUUGCUUCCAGGCCUCACGGGCAUGAAGAACCUGGGGAAUUCCUGCUACAUGAACGCCGCCCUGCAGGCCCUGUCCAACUGCCCUCCGCUGACCCAGUUCUUCCUGGAGUGUGGCGGCCUGGUGCGCACGGACAAGAAGCCCGCCCUGUGCAAGAGUUACCAGAAGCUGGUGUCCGAGGUCUGGCACAGGAAACGCCCAAGCUACGUGGUUCCCACCAGCCUGUCCCACGGGAUCAAGUUGGUCAACCCGAUGUUCCGAGGCUACGCCCAGCAGGUAGGCAUCUGCGCGGCCCCGGGACACCAGGGCCAUUAUCUACCGGGCCUGGCUUUGAAGCCAGGACCAGCGAGGAGAGCGCAGCAGAGGCCGGGCGCUGUGGGUGGGUCCUUUCACCGCCAGAGCCUCCUAGCAGCCGGCUGCCGUUCUCCCCACGCGGCGGAUGGGGAGCCUGAGGCUCAGGGCCACGCACCUGCCCGGGUCCCACGGCUGGGACGUGUGGAGGGAACUUGGGCGCCAGCAGUCCAGCUGCAGAGUCCGCCUCAGCCCUGCGUUCAAGCGGCACGAACCUCGGGCAAGCCCCCAGAGGCUCAGCCCCCAUCGCCACGGUCCGCCAGCCCCUGCCGGACACCAGAGCCCGACAACGAGGCCCACAUGCGCAGCGCGUCCCGGCCCUGCAGCCCCGUCCACCACCACGAGGGCCACACCAAGCUGGCCAGCAGUCCUCCUCGCGCGAGCCCCGUGAGGAUGGGACCGGCCUACGUGCUCAAGAAAGCCCAGGGGCUGAGCAUGGGCAGCCGGCGGCGGAAGGAGCAGCGCUACCGCAGCGUCAUCUCCGACAUCUUCGAUGGCUCCAUCCUCAGCCUCGUGCAGUGUCUCACCUGUGACCGGGUGUCCACGACGGUGGAGACCUUCCAGGACCUGUCCCUGCCCAUCCCGGGCAAGGAGGACCUGGCCAAGCUGCACUCGGCCAUCUACCAGAACGCGCCGGCCAAGCCGGGCUCCUGCGGGGACAGCUACGCCGCCCAGGGCUGGCUGGCCUUCAUCAUGGAGUACAUCCGACGGUUUGUGGUAUCCUGUACCCCCAGCUGGUUCUGGGGGCCGGUCAUCACCCUGGAAGACUGCCUCGCUGCCUUCUUUGCUGCGGAUGAGCUGAAGGGUGACAACAUGUACAGCUGUGAGCGGUGCAAAAAGUAACGGGCAGCAGCGGGCCCCUGUCAGGUUCCAGGGUGGCGGGCCCUGGUCGGCCCUGGAAUGACCAACCUCCGGCUCCCCCAGAUCCUGUGCAUCCACCUGAAGCGCUUCCGGCACGAGGUGAUGUACUCGUUCAAGAUCAGCAGCCACGUCUCCUUCCCCCUCGAGGGCCUCGACCUGCACCCCUUCCUGGCCAAGGAGUGCACGUCCCAGAUCACCACCUACGACCUCCUCUCGGUCAUCUGCCACCACGGCACGGCGGGCAGUGAGGGUUCGGGCGGUUAGAGUCAGGGGGCUGGAUCCGGGAGGUGGGCUGCCCCUGAACAGCCUGGACAGGCGUGGCUGUGCCGUGGAGGGGAGCGCAGCGGCUCCUGUCCUCCCCCCCUCCCCCCCAGGAAGAGCAGCGAGGAGGCCGUGCGGGAGCGGCAGCAGGUGGUGUCCCUGGCCGCCAUGCGGGAGCCCAGCCUACUGCGCUUCUACGUGUCCCGGGAAUGGCUCAACAAGUUCAACACCUUCGCCGAGCCGGGGCCCAUCACCAACCACACCUUCCUCUGCUCCCACGGAGGCAUCCCGCCCAACAAGUACCACUACAUCGACGACCUGGUGGUGAUCCUGCCCCAGAACGUGUGGGAGCACCUGUACAGCAGGUUCGGGGGCGGGCCUGCUGUGAACCACCUGUACGUGUGCUCCAUCUGCCAGGUGGAGAUCGAGGCGCUGGCCAAGCGCAGGCGGAUUGAGAUCGACACCUUCAUUAAGCUGAACAAGGCGUUCCAGGCCGAGGAGUCGCCCGGCGUCAUCUACUGCAUCAGCAUGCAGUGGUUCCGCGAGUGGGAGGCCUUUGUCAAGGGGAAGGACAACGAGCCCCCCGGCCCCAUUGACAACAGCAGGAUCGCGCAGGUGAAAGGCAGCGGCCACAUCCAGCUGAAGCCGGGCGCCGACUACGGGCAGAUCUCCGAGGAGACCUGGGCCUACCUGCACAGCCUGUACGGCGGUGGCCCCGAGAUCGCCAUUCGGCAGAGCGUGGCCCAGCUGCCGGACCCCGACAGCCUGCACGGGGAGCAGAAGAUCGAAGCCGAGACCCGGGCCCUGUGACCUCCGGGCCGCUCUGUGAGCCCCUCCUCCUUCUUAGAGACCCUCUCGUGUCCCUGAGCCUGGGCCCCUGAGCACACCUCCAGGAGGCGCUGGGAGGACCUGGCUGGGCCCGGCCUGUGCCCUCCUCCCUGCGGAGG